GGGCGGCGCUGGGCUCACGCUGCGCUCAGUGCGACGGGUGGGCGGCGGCGGCCGGGCCGGCGGCGGGAGCGGGCGGCGGCGCCGCGGAUCGGCGGGGACCUGCCGCUCUCCGGUGGGGAGGGGGGGGCCCUGCUGCGGACCCUGCCUCUCCCCACCCCCCCGGCCACCCGGCGAGGCCCCCCCGGCGGAAGGGGGGGCCCUGCGCGGCCUCUGCCGGGCCCAGCGCCAUGGAGACUCGAGGCGCCUGGCAGAACUCCAACGUGGAGAACCUGCCCCCCCACAUCCUGCGGCUGGUCUACAAGGAGGUGUCGCUGCUGACCUCGGACCCCCCCGACGGCAUCAAGCUCUUCCCCAACGAGGAGGACAUCACCGACGUGCAGGUCACCAUCGAAGGCCCCGAAGGCACCCCCUACGCGGGGGUCUUCCGCAUGAAGCUGGUGCUGGGCAAGGAGUUCCCGGCGGCCCCCCCCAAGGGCUUCUUCCUCACCAAGAUCUUCCACCCCAACGUGGGCCCCAGUGGCGAGAUCUGCGUCAACGUGCUCAAGCGCGACUGGAAGGCCGAGCUGGGCAUCCGGCACGUGCUGCUGACCAUCAAAUGCCUCCUGAUCCACCCGAACCCCGAGUCGGCGCUGAACGAGGAAGCGGGGCGGCUGCUGCUGGAGAACUACGAGGAGUACGCGGCCCGCGCCCGCCUCCUCACCGAGAUCCACGCCCAGGCGCCCGCCCUGCGCCCCGGGGGGGCCCCCCGCGCCCCCCCGGACCCCUGCGCCUCCACCUCGGCCCCCGCCGCCCCCCCCGAGGGCCCCAUGGCCAAGAAGCACGCCGGCGACCGUGACAAGAAGCUGCUGGCCAAGAAGAAGACUGAUAAGAAACGGGCCCUGCGGCGGCUCUAGGGGCGCGGGGGGGCCCCAUGGACCGGGGGGGGGGCCCCGUCCCCGCCCCCUCCCGCACGGCCCCCCUUGGGGGGGGGGGCGGCCUGGCCUAAUAAACUGUCCCUUUUCUCUUCCCACCUACUAAUUUUUUGUUUGGGGGGUUUUGGGGGUUGGGUUUUUUUUUGAGGGGGGGUGUGUGGGGGGGUGAGACCCCCCCUUUAUCUCUUUAAGUUAUUUAAAUUAUAAAAAACACCAAAAAGGACAAAAAAAACGCACUGCAAGUUAUUAAAGGCAUCUUUUUUUUUUCUA